UGUUGGUAAUCGAUGACCGGCUCAACAUAACCUAAAACCAGAGACCACAAAUAUUCGGCUCAGUUCAGGAUUUUAAGGUCUUGGACCUGAACAGCCCACCACCCACACCCGCCAUGAACAGUUUAGUGCGCCGCAGCCAGCAGCUAAGCCUCUGGCGCACUUAUUGCAUAAAACACAGCUCCGCGGAGGCGGCGUCCCCCAACCGGAAUGCAGGUAAGCUCAACUACGAGGAGUUUAUUGGCCAUCACAAGCAACUGGCACGGCGUAGCAUUGUCGUCCAGGUAAAUUCCGAAAAGUCGUAUGCGGAGUUGUAUAACUACUGCAGCCGUUUCGGCUCGAUCCUGGGUGCCCACCACUACUGCGUGCGUCAGGACGAGGCCCUGCAUUAUGUCCUGUUGGAGUACGCCACUUUGGGCGAGGCGGCGACGGCCAUCGAUGCGGGAGUCACCAACGGGGAGCUGUGUGGCGUUCCUGUGCGAUCACCCUUUCUCUGGUUCCGGGCUGCGGGAUCCGCAAGACGUAGCCCCAAGCUGACAACUAACCCAGCGCCCCAGCUAUUAGCUCUUGACGGUACGAGGCAGGUCGAGCAGUCCUAUCUCCUGGAACUCCUCCGAGGUGCUGCGAGCAUUGAGGAACAGGUGCAGCAGCUGUACAAGCACACGCGCCUAAAUGAACUUGGCAUUCGCAUGCGCUUCUUGGCCGCCCUGCAGGUGGAGCAGGCCAUUGCCGGAAUGUUUCCCGCCGCUCAGGCCCAGCCUUUUGGCUCUUCGGUGAACGGAUUCGGCCGGAUGGGUUGCGAUCUGGAUCUCAUCCUGCGCUUCGACAACGACAUGGGCGCCAAGAGCCCGCUCAAGGUAGCGGAUCCAUCGCGGCUAGUCUACCACACCAAGGAGAGUUUGAGCAAUGGCCGCUCGCAAGUUCAGCGGCACAUGGAGUUGUUUGGCGACAUGUUGCAUCUGUUUCUGCCUGGAGUCUGUCAUGUAAGACGCAUUCUGCAGGCCAGGGUGCCCAUCAUCAAGUACCAUCACGAGCAUCUGGACCUGGAGGUGGAUCUGUCAAUGAGCAACCUAACUGGCUUCUACAUGUCGGAGCUUUUAUACAUGUUCGGCGAAAUGGAUCCACGCGUACGUCCUCUGACCUUUAGCAUUCGGCGCUGGGCGCAGUCCUGUGGUCUGACGAAUCCCUCGCCAGGCCGCUGGAUCAGCAACUUCUCCCUCACCUGCCUGGUUAUGUUCUUCCUGCAACAACUGCGCCAGCCCAUACUGCCCACCAUUGCUGCGCUGACAAAGGCGGCAGAGUCGGAGGAUUCCCGAACGCUCGAGGACGGAAUUAACUGCACCUUCGCACGGGACGUGGAGCGAUUGGGCUUCAGGAGUCGCAAUCAAAGCUCCUUAAGCGAACUGCUGCUGCAGUUCUUUGAGUAUUACUCGCAGUUCGAUUUUCACAACCGAGCCAUUUCGUUAAACGAAGGAAGGCCUCUGUCCAAGCCGGAUCACUCGGCGAUGUACAUCGUAAAUCCUCUGGAGCAGCUGCUCAAUGUCAGCAAGAACGUAAGCCUGGAGGAGUGCGAGCGACUGCGCAUCGAGGUGCGGAAUGCCGCCUGGGUUUUGGAGUCCGAGGUUGAGAACGCAUCACUUCCGGAGGGCGAAGGCGAACGCCAGGAGCUCUCCUGGGGCCUGCUGAACCUGUUUAGGCACCCCGAGAAGGCCGUCAUCCGGCCGAACAUGUUUUUCAAGCCGCGCAUGGUCGAGGUCAGCGAUCUCUUCGCGGACAAGCAGGAGUCGGAUGCAACGACCAACCCAAAUGCUUCAACUUCAGCAAUCACCUACAAAAACGCCUCCGUGCGACAGCAGGUGCAAAGCAUCAAGGCGACCACGCGCUCCGAACUGAAGCAGCUCCGCGGAUCAGGGAGCACGGCUCUACCAAGCAGUGCCAAAAACCGACGAAGCAGCAGGUGAUGAUGCUUCUGAUUCGGCAACACCCGUGUACAUACGUAGAUUAAUUGCAACUCCACCUUCGAAGUGGGUUAAGUUGACUAAACUGAAUGUUGUUCAUACUAUUAAACCUCCUCUUAAGUAAGCUUAAGUCUAGGAUCGAGGAAAUGUUGAGUAUUUAAUUAAAUCUAUUUUAAAGAGUAAUGAGACCAAAAUUAUCAAUCCAGUAAGAUUGUUACCGGAUCUAUAACACGAUUCGCUGGGUCAAACCAAAUUAAAAAUUUGUUAGAAGUUAUCCCUAAGAAAUACUUUCUUAGUUAAAGUAAAAUUAAUACUGUUUUCUAUGACAAUAAAACAAAAAUGUAAAACAAUAAGAAAAAGUUCCAACCACCCGUA